AUGGAUCAUUAUGAGGUACUUGGUCUGUCUUCUGUAGAAUCAGUCGACUGCACGAAGCUAACCGAAGCCGAGAUCAAGGCGGCUUAUCGAAAGAAAGCACUUGAGUUACAUCCUGAUAAGAUCUCUAAGAAGAGGAAAAGAGAUGGUAUUACAGAUGACAGUGAUACUGUUAGUUCUAUGACUGCGGCUUUUCAGCAGCUUCAGUCUUCGUACGAGGUUUUAAUGGAUAAGGAAGCCAGGAAGAGGUUUGAUGUGGUGUGGUUACGACGAAAGCAGAAAAAAGUAAGGACAGGGAAGAUGCAAGAAGGGAUGGCAAGGAAGGAGCGCGAAAGGGGAAAGAGUUUUAGGGAGCAAAUGAGGAUGGCACGCGAAAGGAUGAUGAGUAUGAGGAAGGAAUUGGAGAGGAUUAGGAAGAAGGCACGCGAGUGGGAGAUGAAUGUGAGGAAGGAAAAGGAAAGGCAGAGGAAGAUGGAGCGCGAAUGGGAGGAGAGUGAGAGGGUUAAGAAAGAGAUGAGGAUGAAGGUUGAGCGCGAAAGGGAGGAGAAUGAGAGGAAGGAAGAGGAGGCAAUAAAGAAGGUACAAGAAGAGGAAAGAUUAGUGUAUGAGAAGAAGUUGAAAAGGAUUCAUGAUGAAGAAAAUGUUAGGGUUUUUGAAGAGGUUUGGAGGGUUAAGGCUAGGAUUUUGAGGGUUACUUGGAACAAGGUUGAAUUUGGGGAGUUUAGUAAGGUUCAAAUUAGGGAUAUGUUUGAGGUUUUUGGAGAGGUGAAAGAAGUUAGAAUUAAUAAGGAUCUUGGUAAGAAUGGACAUGCUCUUAUUUUAAUGGGAUCUAAACAAUCUGUUGUUGCUGCUACUGUCGCCAAAUGGGUUAAUCAUCCGAAGUCUCCUUUCCUCGUUAGGCCCCUUACGCUGUGCUAA